AUGCCUUGGAAAAAGGUCAAGACCCAGUCCGGCGCCGCGCGCGUCCCGGAGGAGUGGCUCGAAACCGACAUGCAACGCGGCCUCGAUGACGCCGAAGCCGCGAAACGGCGCGAACGUGUCGGCUACAACGAGCUGACGUCGGCGAAAGAGAACCAGGUGCUGAAGGUGCUCGGCUUUUUCCGCGGCCCCAUCCUCUACGUGAUGGAGGUGGCGGUAGCGCUCGCCGGAGGGCUGAGAGACUGGGUCGACUUUGGCGUGAUCAUCGGCAUUUUGGCGCUGAACGCGUUCGUGGGGUGGUACCAAGAGAAACAGGCGGGCGAUAUCGUGGAGAAGCUCAAGGCUGGCAUCGCCAUGAAGGCCCUCGUCAUCCGUAACGGUCAAGAGCAGGAAAUCGAGGCGCGCGAUCUUGUACCGGGGGAUAUUCUUCUCAUCGAGGAAGGUCAAACGAUACCCGGAGAUGCCGUCCUUCUCGCAGAGUACUCGGACAAAGACGGGUCAAAGGGUAGGCAGAUCAUGGAACGCGCUGAACACGACGAGGACGAUGAACAGAAGGACGGUGGCGAGGAGCAGCAACAGGCCGAUGAGGACGAGAAGAUCGACAAGGGACCUGCCAUUUGCUCUGUUGACCAGUCGGCGAUUACCGGCGAGUCUCUGGCCGUUGACAAGUUCCAUGGCGAUACGGUGUACUAUACCACGAUAAGUAAACGCGGCAAGUGUUAUGCACGUAUGAUCGCGACUGCCAAGAAGUCGUUCGUGGGCAGGACUGCGUCCCUCGUCACUGGCUCGAAGGACCAAGGCCACUUUCAGAGAGUGAUGAACAUUAUCGGCACUACGCUCCUCGUUUUGGUGGUCAUAUUCCUGUUUGCCGUAUGGGUAGGGGGAUUUUUCCGCAGCACGAGGAUUUCCCAACCAAAGGAAGACAACUUGCUAAUCUAUACCCUGAUUUUCCUCAUAAUCGGUGUUCCCGUCGGCCUCCCAUGUGUCACCACGACCACGCUCGCCGUCGGGGCUGCAUACCUUGCAAAGCGCAAGGCCAUCGUACAGAGGUUGACCGCUAUCGAGUCACUCGCCGGGUGCAACAUCCUAUGCUCGGACAAGACCGGCACGUUGACGGCGAACAAGCUCAGCAUACACGAGCCAUUCGUGGCGGAGGGCGUCGAUCCGAACUGGAUGAUGUGUGUCGCGGUCCUGGCUUCGUCGCACAACGUCAAACUGCUCGACCCCAUCGACAAGGUCACGGUACAGACGGUGAAGGACUACCCCAAGACGCGAGAGAUGCUCCAAAGCGGCUGGAAGACGUCCAGCUUCCGUCCCUUCGAUCCCGUCUCAAAGCGGAUCACCGCUGAAGUCGAAAAAGACGGAAAGCAUUAUACCUGCGCCAAGGGUGCGCCGAACGCUAUCUUGAAGCUGUGCAACGUCCCGGCUGACAUCAGCGCGCGGUAUAAGGAAAAGGCGCAGGAGUUCGCGUCGAGGGGUUUCCGUUCGCUCGGUGUCGCGGUCAAGGAGGGCGAUGGAGACUGGCAAGUGCUCGGCCUACUUCCAAUGUUCGACCCUCCCCGGAGCGAUACGGCGGCGACGAUCCACGAGGCGGGCGAGCUGGGCGUCAAAGUCAAGAUGCUUACCGGAGACGCCGUGGCCAUCGCAAAGGAGACGUGCAAGAUGCUGAACAUGGGCACCAACGUGUACGACUCUGAGCGACUGAUCAACGGAGGCAUGGGCGGCUCGCAGCUGCACGACUUUGUGGAGGCGGCUGACGGGUUCGCGGAGGUGUUCCCGGAGCACAAGUACCAGAUCGUCGAGAUGCUUCAGAGGCGCGGGCAUUUGACUGCGAUGACGGGUGACGGUGUCAACGACGCGCCGGCGCUCAAGAAGGCGGACUGCGGUAUUGCGGUGGAGGGAGCCAGCGAUGCGGCGCGGUCGGCUGCCGCGGUCGUGUUCCUCGACGAGGGUCUGUCGACGAUUAUCACCGCGAUCAAGGUUGCGCGGCAGAUCUUCCACCGCAUGAAGGCCUACAUUGUCUACCGUAUAGCGCUUUGUCUGCAUUUGGAAAUCUACUUGACCCUCUCGACGAUUAUCCUGAAGGAAACGAUUCGCGCUGACCUCGUCGUCUUCCUCGCGUUAUUCGCAGAUGUCGCCACCAUUGCGAUCGCGUACGACCACGCGCCGUGUGCGCGCCAGCCGGUGGAGUGGCAACUGCCGAAGAUCUGGGUACUUUCGACGCUUCUGGGCAUACUGCUUGCAGCCGCGACGUGGAUCAUUCGAGGCACGCUCUUCCUCGGCUCGGACGGGAAAGGCGGUAUCAUACAGAACUGGGGCUCGGUACAGGAGGUCAUCUUCCUCGAGGUGGCGCUGACUGAAAACUGGUUGAUCUUCAUUACUCGACUCGGCGACGGCGAAUGGACCUGGCCGUCUUGGCAGCUCGUCGGCGCGGUGCUGGCCGUCGACAUCAUCGCCUCGAUCAUGGCCAUCUUCGGCUGGCUGUCCGGUGCUGCGCCGCACAACGGCCACGUUGAUAUCGUCACGGUCAUACGUAUCUGGGCGUACUCGAUCGCUGUCAUCGUGGUGCUCAGCAUCGUGUACUUCAUCCUCAACCAGUGGAAGUGGCUGAACAACCUUGGCCGUUCGCAACGAGGCAAGAUCGAUCGGAAGGUGGAAGAUUUCAUCAACGAGCUGCAACGCAUUACGGUCGUGCAUGAGCGCAAGGACACGAACGGUAGAGAUAUUUACAAGAUCGUUGGGCAGACUCCGGCUGAACCGGACGACUGA